AUGGCGUCUCAAUCACGAAAGACGUACGCUCAGCGUGGAGAUUCACAUCACCGUCCCGUUGUGAAGAAUCUCCUCGAUAUCGCAGAGUCGAAGAAGUCGAACCUGGUCAUCUCGGCUGAUCUCGAGGACACAGCAGCUCUGCUGAAAUGUGCAGAUGAUCUCGGACCGUACAUCGCCGUCUUCAAGACAGAUAUCGACGUAGUGCGGGAUUUUGGCGAUGAUACAAUCCAAGGAUUGAAGGCGCUGGCUCUUAAACACAAUUUCAUAAUCUUUGAAGACCGAAAGCUCGUCGAUAUUGGCAACACUGUCCAGAAGCAGUACCACAACGGAGCAUUGCGAAUCUCCGAAUGGGCUGACAUUGUGAACCUCAGUAUACUGGGUGGAGACGGCAUUGUCAAAGCCCUGACAGAGACCGUGACGAACCCCGAUUUUUCUUUCCAAGACCAGCGCGCCUUCCUUAUCUUAGCGGAGAUGACAUCCAAGGGAAGCUUAGCAACCGGUUCCUAUACACAGCAGUGCAUCGAAGUAGCUCGAAAAUACCCCCAGUCCACAAUCGGAUUCGUGGCAACCCAGGCUAUCGCCACGGACCCAAAUGAGAGUACUACAAGCAGCGAGGACUUCUUGGUGUUCACUACCGGGAUCAACAUGAAGAGCAGCGGAGACAAACUCGGCCAGCAGUACCAGACCCCAGCGGAUGCAGUCCGUCGAGGAGCGGACUUCAUUAUUGUCGGGCGGGGCAUCUACGCUUCUCCGAACCCAAUAGAAUCGGCAAAAGAAUACCAGGAACAGGGCUGGAGAGCCUAUCUUCAGCGAGUCAAUCCGCCCUAG